AUGUGUUAUGUUUAUGAAAACAACGAACAUGACCAGUGGAAAUGGCUCCUCGAUCCUGUUAACGGUUAUAUUGUGAAGGGGAGUUAUCACUUUCUCACGACGGUUGAUGAACCUCCUGAAAGUGAGUUGCUUUCUGAUGUUUGGCAUAAGCAUGUCCCGGUGAAGGUUUCCUUAUUUGCUUGGAGACUGCUCUGUAACAGACUACCGACGAAAGAUAAUCUUGUGCGGCGUCGUGUGCUUCAACAUGAUGACAAUAGGUGUGUUGGAGAUUGUGACUCUGAGGAGACCGUCAGUACCUUGUUCUUUGGGUGCGCAACAUUUAGCGGUGUGUGGUGCCUUCUUCAGCGAUGGUUAGGCAUUUCUUUUGUUGGUUCAGGGUUCGUGAUCAUUUUCUUCAGUUCAGUCACAUAG